CGGUGUGAGUCCAGCUGCUUUCCUUCCCCUGCAGAUGCGCGCAGUGUGGCAGACCACUGGUGUCCAACUCUGUUCCCGUCGCGUGGGGCUCUUUUAACAUCCAACAAACGUUGUUUCAUCAGACCAUCUGACAGAAGAUCAAGGGCACAUACGUCCACAUCUCCUCUGGCCGUGCUGGUGGUGAGGCGCCAGAGCUAUUCAGUUGGCGCAGCAGCUGGUGGUGGGGUCAGAUAGAGCGUGUUGGAUGACCCAAGUUGACCCCCGGGAGAGGCGGCUGUAGGCGACAAGAUGGGCAGCCCAUCCAGCGCCUCUGCUGAGGAAACGAUUUUAGAGUACAGCCUUGAUGGGGAGAAGAUGCCAUUCCACCAUGUGCGGGCGGGCCUGCUCUAUCCAGACAACUACCUGAGCAGCUCCCUGACGGAAGGCAGUGAAGCCUUCCAGCUCACCAGCAUUUCCACCGAGGAGCUGGGAGAGAUCCGUGAGGCAUUCCGCGUUUUGGAUCGUGAUGGGAAUGGUUUCAUCUCCAAACAGGAGCUGGGCAUGGCCAUGCGCUCCCUGGGUUACAUGCCCAGCGAAGUGGAGCUGGCCAUCAUCAUGCAGAGACUGGACAUGGAUGGGGACGGCCAGGUGGACUUCGAGGAGUUCAUGACGAUACUGGGGCCCAAACUGCUGUCGUCCGACAACAGAGAAGGAUUCCUGGGCAACACCAUCGACAACAUCUUCUGGCAGUUUGACAUGCAGCAGCUGUCUCUGGAUGAGCUGAAGCAGGUGCUGUUCCACGCCUUUCGGGACCACCUGACAAUGAAGGACAUAGAGAACAUCAUCAUCACCGAGGAGGAGAGCCUCAAUGAAACCUCAGGGAACUGCCCUGAGUAUGAGGGAGUCCAUCCGAAGAAGAAGAAUCGGCAGACGUGUGUCAGGAAAAGCCUGAUCUGCGCCUUCGCUAUGGCUUUCAUCAUCAGUGUCAUGCUUAUCGCGGCCAAUCAGAUGCUGCGGAACGGCAUGGAGUAACCAAUUGCACUGUGAGCAUGGGGAGUGGACAGAACAGCCAUGACCUCACAUCUUGUCUUUGCAGCCAAAGCUGGACCAAGCACUUCUCUAAACAAUCAGUUGAGUUUUUAUUUUAUUUUUUAAGUUUGAUUUGAACUUACCUUGUAGAAGCAGACAAUGUGGGUGAAUUAUAGAGAGAUAUAUUUGUUUUGCAUUGAAGAUGUCACCAUGUAGAGUUACUGGACUUAUAAAGAAACCUGAAUGGGAAAAUAAUUUUGUUUUUAUAUAAAUCGUGACAAUAAAUAGUGGGUUUUAUUUUGCUGUUUUUAAGACGAAGACCACCCUUUAAACUUGAUUUUCUAAUUAACAAAAAUGUUUAUCAGGUGCUUUGAGCCAUUCCUAAUUUCAAAAACAAACAGUGGUUAUUAUGGACAACUGCAUAUUUACCCUAGAAAAGUGGCACUGAAUGUGAUCUGAGUGAAUGUGGGCACAUUAAAUGCAUAGUAAAUCCCUCACAUCAUGAUAAACAUCACACUUUUUGUGACACAUCGACAUCCUCGGCUCAGUCCACUAAUCUUGGGGCACAUGAAAUCUUUCUGUGUAUCUACAAGGAGCACAACUCAAUACUCAGUGAGGGACCACUUAAAUAUCAUUACCGUCCCGCUAUCUCUACUCUUUAGUCUUAAUACUGAUCGGUUGAUUGAUUGUUUUGUGUGGGUGUGUAAAAGACAGUGCUGUCCACAUACAUAAUGUUAGUUCAGGCUGUCCGAGAGGUGUGAAAUGUAAGGUAAAAAACAAGAGAUAUCAAAUCAAAUGACAGUGGAUCUAUGGUUUUGGUUAACAAUAGGACCAGGCUGAGAAACAUUGUGAUAUUUUUAGUUAGCCUAUGUGUUGGUAGAAAAUGUUUCACCUCAGCAUCUCAUUGUAAUACUGCCCAACUGUGGUAAAUAUAAACCACACAAAAGCAUGCCAGUAUAUACACUGCCAUACCAAACAUAACUCUCACACCAGUUUCCCAUGGAUAUCAUUGUAUAUAUAGUACUACUUAGCUUGUGUAAUGUAUUAUUCUUCUCAACAGCAGAAUGUAUGAAGGGUAGAAACUAGUGAGAUAAAUCAGGGAUAUACAGUAGAGCUGUGAUAUAUACUGUUGGUACAGCUGUUUUCUUGGAUAAGGUUGCAUCCUAGUGGUUUAAAUAUCAAACUGCAGCUAAACACUUGAACGACCAUGUCUACAAGGUGUUCAGAAGUGAAGAACAACACCCCUGAAUUUGAGCUUUGAUAUGUUUCAGUGUCACAAAGGGCAGUUUGGUCUGUAUUGGAAUAGAAUAUGAUUUUCCAGAUUGUGUUGUCAAACCGGUGUACAGCUCAGGAUUAGAUGAGAUUGAAGGUGACUGCUUCUGUACCUGUGGCAGUUUCUGGGGUCAUAGCAAUGUUUUAUGGUUCAGACCGGAUCGCACUACAGUUUUAUAAAGCCUGCUGGGAGGACAACAUUUGGAAAGGACCUUGUAGGAGUUUACAAUCGUGCUCCUCUUCUUUUAUAAUGGAGCUGCCGAAGGUUGAACAUCCCAAUGACAACACAGAUUAGAUUUGAGGAUGUUUUUCUUACAUGGGUGUAGGGCUGGGCGAUAAAGACACGUCAUUGUUUGUCUACUGGUAGUAGAAUAGUAUUGUAACUGUAUGUUUUUAUUCUUUUAUUGUUUUGCAAAAUUUCCCAAAAAAUGGAUUCCAGGAAAAUUGUCAUUCGAAACAGAGAUUACCUGAGGUUAAAGCAUUUUAAAGAGCCAGUGGAAAACGGUUCGUUAUAGUGAACAUCAUAUCUAUUAUUUUAUCUGUGAUUAUUUUGUGAUAUAGAUAUCGUAAAAAUAUUUGCAUUAAUAUUGUGACGAUUAUUCCAACCAAAUCGCCUGGCCCUAUGUAGAUGCCCUAACAGCAACAUUUGUUUAUUCCUAAAUUGCACGGUGCUUCUGGUGCUUGGACAUUAUUGAUCUGGAGGCUGGUUUGUUCCCAUUAAUACCUUGGAGUGAUUAUUUGUUCUCUUGUCUUUUGCCGGGGUGGAUGAAAGUAAAACUAGAUAUUUCAUUCAACCAUGUGAGUUUAUAUGGGUUAGCCGAAAUAUAAAAGGGAGAGGGCUUUCUUUUAAAAUGAAAAAAUAGCUUUGUAAGAUCAAGUAUCACAGCAAAAAUGUAUUAUACUGUAAAUCAGUAUGCAUGUUGUUGUUUAGAUUUCCAUGUCUUUAAAAGGCAGGGGAAUCCAUUUAAUAUUUCUUUGUGGUGGCACAACCUUGGUUUAAAUGUAGGUAUGUAUGUACUACUGUCAUAUUUGACUUUCCAGUUUAUACUGUAAUAGCCAUUUUUUCUAGUUUCUACCAGCUAUUAAUCAAAUCAGAGUGCAGGAGAGGGCAUUUUCAUAAAUAUGCAAAUACAAGGUCACAUCAUCAUCAUCAUCAUCAUCAUCUCUGUUUCACAUCAUCUUGGGUAGAGUCUGUAGGCUUCACUGUGGAUGGUUAAAAUUAACAUUGAAUACAAUAUAUUGUGUGUUUUAGUCACUCACUGCCUCAUCGUCCUGUAUAAACUGCUGUAUAAUGUAUGCUACACUUAUCCUCGUAAGUCAGUUUUAUGUCUUUGAUAUUUUCAGCACAUUGACAUUUGACCAAUGGACCAUGUUUUCACCUUUGUCUAUUAGCAUCAUGGUCCUUUUGAAACCAGCAUAGACCACUUAUCUUAACAAUUCUCUAAUAAUUGUGCCAUUCAGACAUCCUUGCAUGGCUAUGUGAGGGAAACUCGUUUGACAGACCUUUUAUCAACACUUUUAAAGUUUACAUUAUUAUACUGUACAUCUGUAACAGGACGGAGUCUUUUCAUGAUUUUCAUGUUUUUGAAAGUUGCUUUUGAGAUUUGUUUUUACCAAAACAUGUUUUUACCUUGUAGAUUGUAUAGAGAUAAAAACUAAAUCCAGAUAUGUAAUACAACCUUGGCAUGCUGCUUAGAAAAGGAGAAAGAAAACAGCAAUAGUCACCAACUGAAUGGAUAUUUAAAAAUGCAAAUAACAAGUUUAAUCUGUUUAAUCUAAAAAAAAAAUAUAUCCAUAUAUGUUUAUGCAAUAAAACCUUGUUUUGAUAGAAAUAUAAGGCAUCUGUGUUUACUUGUGAGAGAUGUUUGUGCCUUUGCCCAAGACCAACAACAUAUACAAAACAAUGCUUGCAGCUACAUUAAAAGGUAAAACAAUCUUAAAGAUCCCUUCAAGACGCGUAUUAAGACCCACAUACAAAUAGUCUGCUUGGAAUAAUAAUAAUGUGUCUGAUGUGAUUUAAUUUAAGUUUUUCUGGUGGCUUCAAGUUGUAUCAACAAUUUUCCCAGUUUCAUACUGGACUAGGAUUGAUUUACAAACUAUUUGUGAUAAUCACGCGUGUAGGCCCCGUCCCUUAAAAUCUGAUAUUCUAUGAGCACAGAGAAACUUUCCACUUUCAGCAAAUUAAUGUAAAAACAUCCUUCUAAUGUUAAACUCUGCACAAACAUCAUUCUGCACAUAUUUUUGAGUGGAGUGGGACUUUAAAUAAGGCUCCUAAAUAACACAUAACUUUUGGCAGACAAUAAGCUGAGAAUGUGAAAUAUUUUCCCUGUUAAUAGGUCUAAAACUAUAAAGUGGGCUUGUUGCUUUACUUGUCACUUGUUAUCAUCUUUGUAGUGUCAUUUUUAAAUACCAACCCUAAAAAUAGAAUAACAACACAGCGUGGUUUUCACUGAGUGCCCCUCACUGCAGUUUCCCCGUGCAGGUACCAGAGCGUCCAUAAGGGUGCUGUGAGUCAGAAGAGCACCCUCUUCAAGUGCAGAAAGCUCACUGUUCUGACAUAACCUUCACAUAAUACAUACAGGACAUGUAGCACUACAAAGAUAACUGCUUUGCGUGGGCUAACCUUGGCGGGUGUGACAGACAAAGGUUAACCUUCCACUGUUGACCUGAUCAGCAUCUUAAAAACUCUAUUUAGCUUGAUGUGAUUCGUGAUGGCUAGAGGUGAAUUUACACAUUUGUCAGCUUGUGUCACAGAGGAGUUUCCCGUGGAGCAGCGCUGGCAUCCACACUCACUCUAAAUCAUGAUAAUUAGGGAGCAUAGGUCAAAUACAAGUGAGAGCAGCCUCAUAGCAGAUGCACCCGAACCCCAUUAACCAGCAGAUAAUGAACCAAAACAUGCCAUUAACUGGACAAACAAGGCAUUAGUGUAAUGGCCCAGGCAGACAUUAACAGCUUGUCUUACUUGCAAAUCCUUUAGUCCGUUCAUCUUUGAAAUUAAGGGGUUAGGCUUUAUAAGGUGACUCCAACCUGCUCAACCAUUAUAUGAACGACCAAGGAAAUGGACGCACCUAAAAGGAAAGUUUACAUUGUGUAUACUCUAGUACACAGUUGUUUAACUUUUGUUUCAUAAUUCAUGUUGGCAAAUUAUCAAGAGAGUCAUGACAUCAGUGA